GGAGAAGCCCAGCGCACACCCCGAAGAGGUAUUUUUUUAGAGGGUGGCUACAAUGAGUGGGCCCUGGAGAUGUGAGACGGGGAGGUAAAAUGCACCCUUGCUGCCCCCUGGUAACUUUGGAACAGGACCUCCACAGAAAAAUGCAUAGCUGGAUGCUGCAGACUCUAGCAUUUGCUCUAACAUCUCUCGUCCUUUCGUGUGCAGAAACCAUCGAUUAUUAUGGGGAAAUCUGUGACAAUGCAUGUCCUUGUGAGGAGAAGGACGGCAUUUUAACUGUGAGCUGUGAAAACCGAGGGAUCAUCAGCCUCUCUGAGAUCAGCCCGCCCCGCUUCCCAGUCUACCACCUCUUGUUGUCUGGAAACCUUCUGAACCGUCUCUAUCCCAAUGAGUUUGUCAACUACACUGGGGCUUCAAUUUUGCAUCUGGGUAGCAACGUGAUCCAGGACAUUGAGACGGGGGCUUUCCACGGGCUUAGGGGUUUAAGGAGACUGCAUCUGAACAAUAAUAAGCUGGAACUUCUGCGGGAUGAUAUAUUCCUUGGUUUGGAGAGCCUGGAGUACCUACAGGUCGAUUACAAUUACAUCAGUGUCAUUGAACCCAAUGCUUUUGGGAAACUGCAUUUGUUGCAGGUGCUUAUCCUCAAUGAUAAUCUCUUGUCCAGUUUACCCAACAACCUUUUCCGUUUUGUGCCCUUAACGCACUUGGACCUGCGGGGGAACCGGCUGAAACUUCUGCCCUAUGUGGGGCUGCUGCAGCACAUGGAUAAAGUGGUGGAGUUACAGCUGGAGGAAAACCCCUGGAACUGCUCCUGUGAGCUGAUCUCCCUGAAGGAUUGGCUGGACAGCAUCUCUUACUCGGCCCUAGUGGGGGAUGUGGUUUGUGAGACGCCCUUCCGCUUACAUGGGCGGGACUUGGACGAAGUGUCCAAGCAGGAACUUUGCCCCAGGAAACUUAUUUCAGACUACGAGAUGAGGCCGCAGACGCCUCUGAGCACCACGGGGUACUUACACACCACCCCAGCUUCGGUGAAUUCCGUGGCCACUUCGUCCUCUGCUGUUUACAAACCUCCCUUGAAGACCCCUAAGGGGACACGCCAACCCAACAAGCCCAGGGUGCGCCCCACCUCUAGGCAGCCAUUCAAAGACUUGAGCUCCAGCAAUUCUGGCCCCAGCAUCGCCUACCAGACCAAAUCUCCCGUGCCUUUGGAGUGCCCCACCCAGUGCUACUGCAACCUGCAAAUCUCGGAUCUGGGCCUCAACGUCAACUGCCAGGAGCGAAAGAUCGAGAGCAUCGCAGAGCUGCAGCCCAAGCCCUACAAUCCCAAGAAGAUGUAUCUGACGGAGAACUACAUCGCGGUGGUGCGCAGGAGUGACUUCCUGGAGGCCACGGGGCUGGACCUCCUACACCUGGGCAACAACCGCAUUUCCAUGAUCCAGGACCACGCCUUCGGAGACCUCACCAACCUGAGGCGCCUCUACCUGAACGGCAACAGGAUCGAGAGGCUGAGCCCAGAGCUGUUCUAUGGCCUGCAGAGCCUGCAGUAUCUCUUCCUCCAGUAUAAUCUCAUUCGUGAGAUUCAGCCUGGGACCUUCGAUCCGGUCCCCAACCUCCAGCUGCUAUUUCUCAAUAACAACCUCCUGCAGACCAUGCCCCCGGGCGUCUUCUCCAGCCUGACCCUCCUCAGGCUGAACCUGAGGAGUAACCACUUCACCUCCUUGCCGGUGAGUGGCGUCCUGGACCAGCUGAAGUCACUCAUCCAAAUCGACCUCCACGACAACCCUUGGGAUUGCACCUGCGACGUGGUGGGCAUGAAGCUGUGGGUCGAGCAGCUCAAGGUGGGCGUCUUGGUGGACGAAGUCAUCUGCAAGGCGCCCAAGCACUUCGCCGAGACGGACAUGCGCUCCAUCAAGUCGGAGUUGCUGUGCCCAGACUACUCGGACGUGGUGGUCUCCACGCCCACGCCCUCCUCCAUCCAGGUCCCCUCCAGAACCAGCGCGGUGACCCCCACCGCGCGGCUGAACCUCAGCCUGCUGCUGGUCUUCAUCAUGUCCGUCUUCGUGGCCGCGGGGCUCUUCGUGCUGGUGAUGAAGCGCAGGAAGAAGAACCAGAGCGACCACACCAGCACCAACAACUCCGACGUGAGCUCCUUCAACAUGCAGAACAACUUGCGGAGCCCGGCCUACAGCGUCAGCACCAUCGAGCCCCGGGAGGACCUGUUGUCCCCGGUGCAGGACGCCGACCGCUUUUACCGGGGCAUUUUAGAACCGGACAAGCACUGCUCCACCGCCCCCGCCGGCAGCAGCCUCCCGGAAUAUCCCAAAUUCCCGUGCAGCCCCGCCGCCUACACUUUCUCCCCCAACUAUGACCUGAGACGCCCCCACCAGUAUUUGCACCCGGGGGCCGGGGACAGCCGGCUGCGGGAACCGGUGCUCUACAGCCCCCCCAGUGCUGUCUUUGUAGAACCCAACCGGAACGAGUAUCUGGAGUUAAAAGCAAAACUAAACGUUGAGCCGGACUACCUCGAAGUGCUGGAAAAACAAACCACAUUUAGCCAGUUCUAGAAGCAAAGAAACUCCCUUGGAGCUUUUGCGUUUAAAACAAACAAGCAAGCCGAUACACACGGUGAACAUAUUUGAUUAAUUAUGUUGUUUCAACGUUUAGAGUGAAGUGCCUUGGCACGAGAUUCUUAGCUUCGGCGGAAGACACUGAAAGGGUGUGCGAUUUCCUUUUAAUUUUACACGUGGGGAAGCGUUUGUGUGAACAGGGCACAUCCCUUUCUCUGGCGUGUGGGGGAGGAGAGGAGUAGGGGUUUUGGGAAGGCCAUUUGAUGCACGGGUGACUUUUGAAAGGUAGCAGUCAUUUUUCUAGUGGUUGGAAGUGCUAAGAAUGGUAGAAGAUGACGGCGCAUAGAUUCUACUCUUUCUCUUUUGCUCCCUUCUCCCCUCCCCUUCUUCCCCUUUAAGCCUUGGGUGGGUCUACAUGGCUUUUGUGGAGAGAUUAGCACACCCCAACUUUAAUAGAAAGUUCAUUCUCUUCUUUUCCUCUUUCUCCUCCCCCUCCCUCUCUCUGCUUCCUUGCUCCCUCCUCUCUCAUUCCUCUUCUUUCUUUUAAAAGGAUGUGUUUGUAUGCAUUCUGGACAUUUGAAUUAAAAACAAAAGUGUUGUGAUCUCGAAAGGAUCACCAUAGAUGUGGACAAAUCAUUAAAAUUACAGAGCUAUAUGAUCCAUAAUUGAUUAGUCAAAAUAACUUAUUGAUGAAAUAUACAAAUAUUUUAUUGUAGCACCUAUUUUUAUAUGCACAUUUAGCAUUUCUCUUUCCUUCACUAUUUAGCCUAUGAUUUCCACAGAGGUGUCGCACUAUGUUAGAAGCUGCAUUUCCAAAAUUGAAGUGAUAUCAGGAAGGCAUUUUAAACCACUCAAAAUGUGGAGAACUCAAUGACAAAAUUUUAAAGCCAGUGCAACCCACCCAAUUGGAUCUGUGAUUUAAAAAAAAAAAAAACCUGAUUGUACCCCAAUAUAGAUUAAAAUAUUAGGGCAAUUAAUUGGGCCAUUUGGGUGAGAAUCAGGUGCAAGUUUUGGGUUUUAUUAGAGAAGAUUUCAAAGUAUUUUUUAUUAGUCAACCAAAAUGAUGUAUUGAUUUGACUACUAUUGUAGCCGAUUUUUGAUUGUUUAACCAAACACCGUUGCAUUUGUACAGAUCCAUGUGUUCUAGCACCUCAGAAGACCAAAUGAUGGACUGUACAAAUCCCUAUACAAUGUCUUUAUCCCUCUGGGCAGCAAGCAAUGAUGAUAACCACAAACAGGAUCUCUGUAAGAUGGGGCUAUUGUUGUUACAGUCUUAUAUGUAUCCCAGCACAUGUAAUUUUUUAAAUAGUUUCUGAAUAAACACUUGAUAACUAUGUCAAA